AUCUGCAGGAACCAGAGUCCCAAGCAAUUGUCCAAUGAACGGACUAGAAGCUACUAGUUACGUCUUACAAAACAUCGGUAACAAGUUAUUCAUUUGUGGUACUUGUUAUUUUAUUUGAAUCUAACCUACCUGGUAUUUAUUUACAUAUACACCUAAUAAUAUAUAUUUAUUUACUUUUUUCCGUUUUACCACCUAAAAUUAGGAGGGAGGUAUCAUUCGAAAUGGCACCCGACAACAGCAGCCCGCCCUGGGCUCUCCGCUGGCGUUCCAACACGCUCUUCAUCCUCGUGACCGUCGCCGUCGGGCUCUUCACCGAUCUCUUCCUGUACGGCCUCGUGGUCCCCGUGCUGCCGUUUAUGCUGCGUAACAGGUUAUCCAUGCCUGAGGACGAGAUCCAGUCUUACGUGUCCAACCUGCUGGCCGCCUACGCGGGGGCUUCCGUCGUGUCCUCCGUCCCGGCCGGGUGUAUCGCCGAUCGCAUGAGUUCGCGGCGGACCCCGUUCCUAAGCGGCUUGGCUGCGCUGCUAGCGGCCACGAUCAUGUUAGCGCUAGGAAAGAGUAUAGCGGUGCUCGUUGUCGCCAGGGUUCUGCAGGGGAUCAGCGCGGCGGUGGUCUGGACGAUAGGCCUCGCCAUGGUCCUGGAUACCGUCGGUCCGCAGAACCUAGGAAAGGUCGUCGGGUCCAUCUUCUCCUUCGUAUCCGUGGGUGCACUAAUGGGGCCGGUUAUUGGGGGCGUGCUGUAUGAGAAGACCGGAUACUCGGGUGUCUUCGGCGUAGCUGCGGGGGUUCUAGGCCUGGAUUUUCUCAUGCGGCUACUGGUGGUGGAAAAGAAGAUAGCAGCCAAGUAUAAUGUCGGUCUAGGACCUGAUCCCCAAAUAGAAGAACACGAUGCACACGGGGACCACGAGGCAACCCAAGACCCCGCUCAAAUUGAAGACGCUUCUGAUCGUGAAGAGAUCACCGAGCGCGACUCAUUGUUGCCUAAUAAGAAGCGUGCAGAUGACGAUACAUACAAGGUCCGACAAGAGCCUAACAGGAUCGUCCGGGCGUUUCCCAUCUUAAUUUGCUUCCGCAAUCCGAGGCUUCUCGUAGGACUAAGUUUAGCUUUUGUCCAGGCUUGUCUUCUAGCCGUGUUCGACGCUACGAUCCCGACGGAAGCUCAGAGCCUCUUCAACUUUACAUCGUUACAAGCAGGGCUCCUUUUCAUUGCUCUGGAUGUUACCUACCUUAUAUUAGGGCCUAUAGCAGGGUAUGCGGUAGACAGAUACGGCACCAAGAUACCUGCCGUCGUUGGGUUCGGAUACUUGGUUCCUACCCUUAUUCUGCUUCGUCUUCCAUCCGAUAGCAUUCUAUCUGGAACAAAUAACGUCAUCUUAUACUGCGCACUAUUAGCCUUGAAUGGCGUGGGCUUAGCUUUCAUUGGUCCGCCUAGUGUAGUUGAGUCGAGUAACAUUGUUGAGAAGUUCAAUCAGGCCAACCCUGGGUUCUUCGGAGUGAACGGUCCAUACGCUCAACUAUAUGGCUUCAACUCUCUGUUCUUUUGUGUCGGACUUACUAUUGGUCCUAUUCUAGCAGGAGCUCUUCGUAACAGUAUGGGAUACGGCAAUAUGAAUCUUAUAUUUGCUAUUAUAUCAGCUGUCACUGCUAUCCUGUCAUUUAUUGUCAUCGGAGGGAAACCUAGCUGGAAUCGGAUCUGUAAGGUCUCGACAUAACGAGGAAAUAUAUGGAAUGGUGGUAUGACUUUGUGAUAUAUUAGAAGAAAUAACAUUUAGCUCCCAUUGAACAUCUUUGAGGAUGUUAGUACUAUCGAAGCGAGCUUUUUUACUCAAAGCUAAGACACAUAUGACCUACCUAAGAGAUCAUUGAACCGAAAUACCUAGCCCCAUACGAACUAUCCAAAGCUAUUAGGAGACGAAAAGUGCUGGUGAAGCUAGAAGGUGUUUUGACCUUAAGAUUUAUCCUGGACGGGAACACAGAUAUCGUUCACAAAUGCCAACACGAUAUUAAACGAGAGCUGUAACUAUCUAUAUGAGCUACCAGUCAAACCCCCCAGGCAGUCGUCUUAACGAGUAUAUUCAAAAUCAUAUACCAGAAUGAUAAUAGCGAAGGAGAUUAUAAAAUCCGAUAGUAACCAAUAGAAAUUUGGGGUAUCAAUCCUUCAGGACGCAAAUAUCCGGACUGCCCCAGCCCUUUCGAGAAAAGAGAAAAAACCCCAAGGAAAAAAGUCUCUUCUCUUGUCUAACCAGCGAAGUAGCAGGCCAGUAAAGCUCCU